AUGCCGCGCCUUACGGUGCCGACCACAGCACGCCUCCCAUCCUCUCUGCGUGUCGAGUCGUCCAACACCGCCGUCGUCAAGCUCCUGAACCGUCUCUCGCGUGCGUCGCUACUGUCGCUCGUACUCGACUGGCUCAGCGAGAACAACCAGACCCUUUGCCCGCCACUGCUCCGCCGACCUGAUGACGAAGAUGACGGAGAAUUUGACGACGACUUCUAUCCUCCCGCCACCUCCCUUGAGGAGUUGCGCUCUCUCUAUGCGGGCUUGCAGGCCGCCAAGGGCAGUCGUCGCGAUGUCGUGGACCGCAUCGUCGACGGCGACUGGCGACACGGGCUGACACUCUACCAGCUCGCCAUGGCGGAUCUCCAGUAUCUCAACGACCAUCCGACAUCACUCAAAUGGUCCGCUUAUAAAAUAGAGCCGCUCAAGAUGCCGCGGAGCGAGGAAGACGCAGAGGGUCCCGUGCGGCCUGACAAGCAGACACUCAAUGUGCCUCGGUUCCACCCCUCGACAUUCCUCCAGAAUCUACAGGCCGAGGUCCUGCCCGACGUCAAGGCGCACUACAACUUUGACCGCCCAAGAGAUCUGCCGCUCCUACUAUUACGCAUAUUCAUCCUCGAAUCACCGUACAAUACGGGGUUAGCCGUGUCGUCGCGCAUCCCUGGCGGUGGAGGGAGCCACAACAUCACACCCGCGACCAGCUUCGAGGCCUCGCGGACCAUUUACAUAGCCUUCCCGGACUCGUCGCCGCACAUAUAUAUUUCGCGAUCGCAGAGCACGGGCGCCACGACGGCGGGCGACUCGCGCAGCCUGGGGAGGGUCGUGCUCGAGGGCAUUCCCAAGGCGCUGUCGCGGCCCCGCGAGCGCUACGCCCUCCGCGCCACCAAUCUCGUCUCCAAGAACCUCGCGGCCUUGCUGGCCGCCCGCGGCGCCGGCCGCACCAACGCCGCCCAGGGUGGUUGGGGCAUCUACGUCGAGGACGACCAGACGACCGGCGCCUCCCCGCUCAACACGGUCCUGCCGACGCGACGGCCGCUGGCAGAUGUCUCCGUUAACGAGGAUAGAAGGACGCCUGCUGGCGGCGGAAAGACGCUGAAAAGAGGAUUCCAGCCCGAGAAGGAGCGAAAAGACCGCGAGGCCAAGCGCAGGAAAGAAGUGGCGCAGGCUCGAUUCGGCAACUCGGCAGAGAUGGAAGACGAGAAGGGCGUGGAGCGCCUGGACGUGAUGAUCGAGGACUCACUCCCAGGACUAUCAACGCGUAAUGCCCGGCCAGUUGGAGGAGCAGAAGAGGAAGAAACAGGCUCGCGGCGAUCGAAACGAUCCAGAGGCCGGCAGAGUGACAUGGAUCUCGAGCUCAACAAGGAGCAGGAGGAUGAAGAAGAUGUCGAGGACGGGAUAUCAGACACAGAAUCGCAGCACAAGCCGCGGAUUCGUCUCACUUUCGCGGGCUCGCACGUGUUUGCUGGAAUCAGAAAGCUUGUCGAGGCUGGCAUCAUUGAUGGCGAGCGCAUGCCCGGGUGGAUGACCGGCGAGGAGGGAGUAACAUCAGCAAUCAUCAGAGGCGGCAGAAUCAGAGGUUAUAAAGGAUCCGGCAUGUGA